AUUGUUUCACUUUGACUUAACCCAAAAUCAUAGAGUCCUAAAAAUUACAUAAAAUGGGAAGGGAAAGAGAAAAUCUAAACCAUGGCGGGAAACCAUAGCUAAAAAAGAAAGCUCAAAAUAUGGCGGGAAAACCAUAUCAUCAAGUAAAGGACUUGAAAAUUCAAUCAAUUUUCUCCGACCAAAGUUCACCAUGGAAUCCGAUUCCGACUCCGACGGCUCUCACAUCUCUGCCACUCCCCCAAGACACACUAAACCUUCAUUACCACCACAGCCGCCACCGACAAAUCCAAAGCGACAACCGGCGCCAAAUCGGAAGCCACCGCCACCAAAGCCAAAGCCUAGCAUUCUCUCCUCCCGCACAUCGAGAAUUAGGUACAGACCUUCGUCUAAGUCCAAACCCAUUUCCAAACCCGAAACUCCCUCUUCCGAGCCCACCCGACCCGACCCGCCGCCCGAUCCAUCUCCUCUCCUCCUCCCCAAUUUACCCUACCAAAUCUGCCGCUGGCCGUCCGAUCCAUCCCGCGCGAUCCCCACCGUCGAUUCCAGCGAUACCCUUCUCGCCCCACAGGGCAGGCACUUGUUCCAGUCACCGUCGUUCUCCAAAAUCCGACGGACCUCCAUCGAUUUCGAUUCUUUCCAAGACGACGAGCCGCCGCUGUCUUCUUCGGCGCCGAAGCCGGAUCCAACGGCUGCGAUUGGCGGGUCUGAUUCUUCUGCCCCGAAUCGGGUACCGCCAGAGCCAAAACGCGAAGCGGCUGCUGCCAAGUCUGGAGUUUCGGCCAUAGCUGUGAAGAAACGUUUCAAUUUGAUUGGAGGCAAUGUGCCUUCGGCACCUGUGAAGUUUCGAAGCAGUGGGGCAGAAGGGAACUUUGUGAAGCUCAAUCUGAAUAGGGGGAAGCGCAAAUUCGUGAACCGAAGAGGAAAUAGCAGCUCGUCGGGUCGUCGAAAAUUUUACAGAAAGGGGAAAAGGAAAUUGAAAGCAGUAGGUGAAAAUGAUGGGGAGACAAUUGGUGAAGAAGAUGAGUUGGUUGCAGAUGCUAUUGCAGAACAACAGAUUCGAAAGCAAGACAGUAAAAGACCGAAAUUUGAUUCCGAAUCGUUUGAAGAGGCGGUUUCGAUGGCUAGAAAUGAUCCGAGUGAUGAGAAUUUGUUGAAACUGUUGAGGCUAACUUACGGGUAUGAAUUGUUCCGAGAUGGGCAGUUGGAGGCAAUCAAGAUGGUGCUUGAGGGGAAGUCGACAAUGCUUGUUUUGCCUACGGGUGCUGGCAAAUCGUUGUGUUAUCAGUUGCCCUCAUUGAUUUUACCUGGGGUAACUUUGGUUGUCAGUCCAUUGAUUGCACUGAUGAUUGACCAGCUUAAGCAGCUGCCUCAUAUGAUUCGUGGCGGUCUUAUUUGUAGCAAUCAGAGACCUGAAGAAGCUUCCGAGACAAUAAGGCUGCUUCAACAAGGGGAGUUAAAGGUGCUUUUUGUUUCGCCGGAGAGGUUUUUGAAUGCGGAAUUCUUGUCUAUAUUUUCCGCUAACACAGUUGUAUCUCUUGUUGUGGUGGAUGAAGCUCACUGUGUUUCAGAAUGGUCACAUAACUUCCGUCCCUCAUAUAUGAGGCUUAGAGCUUGUUUUCUUCGUGCCAAGCUCAAUGUCAACUGCAUUCUUGCCAUGACAGCUACGGCCACAGCCACAACUUUGGGUUCUGUCAUGUCUGCUUUAGAGAUUCCUCCAACUAAUCUCAUUCAAAAAGCAAUACUAAGGGAUAAUUUACAACUUUCAGUGUCAUUGAGUGGAAAUAGAAUGAAAGAUCUGCUGAUGUUGAUCAAGUCAACUUCGUUCAAGGAUGUUCAGAGCAUCAUUAUCUACUGCAAAUUUCAGUUUGAAACUGAAAUGAUAAGCAGAUACUUAUGUGACAAUAAUAUCUCUGCAAAGAGUUACCACAGUGGUAUCCCUGCUAAAGAUCGUAGUCGAGUGCAGGAGUUGUUUUUCACUAACAAGAUACGAGUGGUUGUUGCAACUGUGGCCUUUGGCAUGGGCCUUGACAAGAGGGAUAUUGGUGCUGUGAUUCAUUACACCUUGCCAGAAAGCUUGGAGGAGUAUGUUCAGGAAAUUGGACGAGCUGGGCGGGAUGGGAGGUUGUCCCAUUGCCAUCUUUAUUGUGAUGAUAUCACAUAUUUUAAACUUCGCAGUCUUAUGUAUAGUGAUGGUGUGGAUGAAUAUACGGUAAACAAAUUCCUCUGUCAAGUAUUCACCAGUGAUGAGAACUCGCAUGGGAAAGUUUGUUCAUUGGUUAAAGAAACUGCAUCUCGCAAGUUUGAUAUGAAAGAAGAGGUGAUGCUCACACUUCUAACGCAGUUGGAGUUGGGUGAAGUGCAGUAUUUGCAUUUACUUCCAGAGUUAAAUGUGACUUGCACCUUGAAUUUUCAUAAUACAUCCCCAGCUUUACUUGCAGGGAAAGAUGCUCUUGUUGCUGCAAUUUUGAAAAAGUCUGAGACUAAGCAAGGACAAUACGUGUUUGACCUACCGACUGUGGCAAAUAGCAUUGGAGUUACAGCUACUGUCCUUUCCAAUCAUCUUCAAAUUUUAAAGUUGAAAGGAGAAGUAACAUACGAACUGAAGGACCAAGCCUACUGUUUUACAAUCGUCGAAGCCCCGGCAGAUCUUUGUUCUCUAUCAGCACAUCUCACAAAAUGGUUAUCAGAGGUUGAAAGUUGCAAGGUGCGGAAGUUGGACGCAAUGUUUAAUGCGGCAGUUUUUGCUGUUAACUCUUGCGAGAAGACGAAAGGUUGUUGUGAUGCCCAACGCACACAAUGUUUGCAAAAGAAAAUUGUCGAAUACUUCGAUGGAGAUGACAAUUCUGAAGUCCCUAAUACGAUGGGUAAAUCCAGCCGAUUUUUGCGAGCAGAUAUAAAAGUCUUUCUGCAGAGCAAUUCACAGGCCAAAUUCACUCCCAGAGCUGUUGCUAGGAUAAUGCAUGGCAUUGCAAGUCCAUCCUAUCCUUCUACAUCCUGGUCUAAAACUCACUUCUGGGGAAGAUACACAAGUAUAGACUUCCAGGUGGUAAUGGACGCGGCAAGGGCGGAACUGGUCAAUUUUGUGGGGAAGAAUGCUGUCUAAGCUGCUUAGAAUGCAGUUAGGGAUCGGAUAAACAAAGUACAGAAGAAAAAGAGUGACGUUUUUAUCAAACCAGCACAGAACUGAUGAUUUUUUGCCGUUUCUAGUGCUAUGGAAACUCAGUUAUGGCAGGUAAGCAGUAAGCUACCACAUCUUUCAUUCCCUGUGGGUGGAAAGAUUCUUGGUAGAGGCUUCCGUACCGCGUCACUCGUAUGACCAAGGCACAAGGGAAACAGAGAUCUUCCGUGUAAACGGGGUAUAUCCCCGUCUCUCCAUCAGUCAUGCGACGAGAAGGAUAUGGAGUUGCACCAAAAAAAAAUAAAAAAAUUGCCUUUUAGUUGGCUCAUUCAGGUUUAUACCACGUGACGGUGUUAAAUAUGAAUAAUCUGAUGGAAUUACGAUAUGACGAAUGCUAAUUUUUACAAAAUAUAUUAGAAUUUUUGUAAAUUAUAUUAAAUUUGAAUUU